GGGGCGGUGCCGAGCCGAGCCGAGCCGCGCCGCUCAGCCCCUCUCUCCCCACAGGUCUGCAGCGCCCGGGGCGGCUUCGCGGGACGCCGCGGAGGCCCGGCCCGGCCCGGCUCGGCUCGGCUCGGCUCGCCAUGGCGCCGCGGCCGGCGCUGCCCGUCCUGGCGCACUCGGUGCUGGCGGCGCUGCUGCUCUCGGCGGCGCAGGAGCCGGUGCCGCGGGUCAGCCUGCCCUACGACUCUGCCGAGCGGGUCGUGCACCGCUUCAAGGUGCCCGGCGUGUCCAACUACACGGCGCUGCUGCUGAGCCCGGACGGCGGCACCCUCUACCUGGGGGCGCGCGAGGUGCUCUUCGCCGUCAACACCAGCCACUUCCAGCCCGGCACGCCGGCCCGCAGGCUGCCGUGGGGUGCGGAUGAGGAGAAGAAGAGGCAGUGUGUGUUCAAGGGCAAGGACCCCCAGAGGGACUGUCACAACUACAUCAAGAUGCUGCUGCAGCUGAACAGCACCCACCUCUACACCUGCGGGACCUGCGCCUUCAGCCCCGCCUGCGCCUACAUUAACGUGCAGCACUUCAGCCUGGAGCGAGAUGCGUCAGGAAGGGUGCUGCUGGAAGAUGGGAAGGGACGCUGCCCCUUCGACCCUGAGUACCGGUCCACCGCCGUCAUGGUCGACGGCGAGCUCUAUGCCGGGACUGUCAGCAACUUCCAGGGCAACGAGCCCACCAUCUACCGCAGCCAGGAGAGCCGCAUCGCCCUCAAGACGGAGAACUCCCUCAACUGGCUGCAGGACCCAGUCUUCGUGGGCUCAGCCUACCUGCGGGAGAGCCUGCCUGCCGGCAACCCCGAGGGUGACGACGACAAGGUCUACUUCUUCUUCAGCGAGACUGGCAAGGAGUUUGACUACUUCGAGAACACCAUUGUCUCACGCAUCGCACGCGUGUGCAAGGGGGACCAGGGCGGGGAGCGGGUGCUGCAAAGGCGGUGGACGACCUUCCUGAAGGCACAGCUGCUCUGCUCGCACCCCGAGGACGGCUUCCCCUUCAACGUGCUGCAGGACGUCUUCGUGCUCACGCCGGGGGAGCUGCGCUGGAAGGAGACGGUCUUCUACGGGGUCUUCACCUCGCAGUGGAACAAGGGUGGCCUGGGCAGCUCGGCGGUGUGCGCCUUCCCCAUCCGCAGCGUGCAGAGGGCCUUCAGCGGGCUCUACAAGGAGGUGAACCGCGAGACACAGCAGUGGUAUACGGACACCAGCCCUGUGCCGGAGCCCCGUCCAGGCACGUGCAUCACCAGCCACACGCGGCACCUGAAGAUCAACUCGUCCCUCCAGAUGCCGGACCGGGUGCUGAACUUCAUCAAGGACCAUUUCCUGAUGGACAGCCCCGUCCGGAGCCAGCCACUGCUGCUGCAGAGCCGCCUGCGCUACCAGCAGAUCGGCGUCCACCGCGCGCAGGGCCUCCACGGCACCUACGACGUCCUCUUCCUGGGCACGGAUGACGGCCGCUUGCACAAGGCUGUGCAUGUGAACCACAGGGUGCACAUCAUCGAGGAGAUCCACCUCUUCCCCGCCGGGCAGCCCGUUCUGAAGCUGCUGCUGGACCACGACCAGGGCCUGGUCUACGCAGCCUCCUACGCGGCGGUGGCUCAGGUGCCCUUUGCCAACUGCAGCCUGUACCGCAGCUGUGGCGAGUGCGUGCUGGCGCGGGACCCCUUCUGCGCCUGGAGCCGGGGCGCCUGCCGCAGCACCACCCUGCACCCUUCGGUGCACCCCCAGCUCUGGGCCCAGGACAUCGAAGGCGCUGACACGGAGCGGCUCUGCCAGUCGGCCAACGUGUCCCAGCCCCGUCCCCGCAUCCUUCUGACCCCAGCCUCGGGCACCCCGUGCCAGCAGAUCCAGCUGCCGCCUAACGCGGUGCGCCCGCUGCCGUGCCGCCUGCUCUCCAACCUGGCCUCGCGGCGCUGGCUGCACAACGGAGCCCCCGUCAACGCCUCCUACCUGGUGCUGCCCGAGGGGGACCUCAUCCUGGUGGGCAGCCCCGAGCGGGCGGGCACCUACGAGUGCUGGUCGCUGGAGGAAGGCUUCCGCAAGCUGAUGGCCAGCUACUGCGUGGGCGUGCAGGAGCUGGCCCACGGGCCGCUGGAGGCCGGCAGCAAGGUGUCCGCCGGCCGGGAUGCCCUGGAGGCCGUCAGCACCUCGCGGAGCACCUCGGCAGUGGGCAGUGCCGCGGCCCGGCUGGACGGCAAGACCUACUGGACUGAGUUCCUGGUGAUGUGCGUGCUCUUCGCCACGGCCGUGCUCGUGCUGGCCCUCUUCCUCCUGCACCGGCACCGCGACGGCAUGAAAGCCUUGCUGGAGCCCGCAGACCCCGGCCGGCACCAGAAGCCGCCCCGCAAGCCCGUGGAGAGCCUGCCCCUGAACGGCAGCAGCCUGCCCAGCGCGGUGCCCGAGCACAAGGGCUACCAGGCCCUGCAGGACAACUACAUCGUCAGCACCCCCGUGCACGAGCCCCCGGGCACCACACGCGCCUUCUCCGAGUCGGAGAAGAGGCCCCUCCACGUCCGGGACAGCUUCGUGGAGGUGUCUCCAGCCUGCCAAAGACCCCGGGUGCGCCUGGGCUCUGAGAUCCAGGACUCGGUGGUGUGACGGGGGAUGAGCCCAGCCCCCUUGCGUAUGACUGCCUCUGCUCUGCUGAGCCUCGCCGGCCCGUGGCGCCGCGGCUGGGAUCGGUGUUCGUCUGUGUGUGCAUGCCCGGAGCCCGUGCCCGCCACACCACGUGCUCAGCUGCCGGAGCUCCUGGGGGGGCUGCCCAGGCACCACCUCAGCUCCAACCCCACGCCUUGGGAUGAGGCUGGCGGCUCCUGGUGUGGAGGGGCAUCGCGUGCCUUCCAGGGACAGGCGGGAUUCCUCCCGCAGCCCUGCGUCCCUGCCGCGGGAUGGACACGGUGCCCGGCACGGGCUGCCGGCGCAGCCCCGGACCCGUCUAUGCAGAGGGCAAGGGGGGUCGGCCGCAGCCCCCCUAAGCCCUGACUCACUGUGACGUCCCACUGCGGGACUCAGAGCCACGCAUGCGGCCGGGUGGUGCCAGAGCACAGCGGCCCCGCGGCAUGUGCUGUGUGUCCGUGCUUGGUUCGGUUUUAAUAUGUUGAAAAUGUGAAUCGUGUCCUGGGGAGAGGGGGGAGAGCAGGCAGCAGAGCUCACCCCGUGAAGGGCUGGCAGGGCUCAUGCCCCUCGCCCAUGCGCUCCCCAACGUGCGUGUGCAGAAACGUCUGUGGUUUUUACAUAAAGUUCUGGUGUCUCCUUUGUA